CCAGAAAGGGCGGGGCUGAAGGCCAGCGCCGGUGUCCCUCGGCCUGAGGAGCUUGAAGCUCCUAGGCUGGGGGUGAGAGGGGCUUCUGCGAAGCGCGCGGGCACGACGUGUGCCGAGGGGUGCUGAGGUGGUUGGCAGGGCCUCCCAGAUGUGUGGAGCUGUCCCUGGAGCAGUAGCCCUUCAUCACCAUCUCUACUUCCUUCCUUCUGAGGGAUCCUGAACGCUCUGUUGUCAUGGAAAAGUACCACGUGUUGGAGAUGAUUGGAGAAGGCUCUUUUGGGAGGGUGUACAAGGGUCGAAGAAAAUACAGUGCUCAGGUGGUGGCCCUGAAGUUCAUUCCAAAAUUGGGACGCUCAGAGAAGGAGCUGAGGAAUCUGCAACGGGAGAUCGAAAUCAUGCGGGGUCUGCGACAUCCCAACAUUGUGCAUAUGCUCGACAGCUUUGAGACUGACAAAGAGGUGGUGGUAGUGACAGAUUACGCUGAGGGAGAGCUCUUUCAAAUACUAGAAGAUGAUGGAAAACUUCCUGAAGACCAGGUUCAGGUCAUCGCUGCCCAGUUGGUGUCGGCCCUGUACUACCUCCAUUCCCACCGCAUCCUCCACCGAGAUAUGAAGCCUCAGAACAUCCUCCUUGCCAAGGGCGGUGGCAUCAAGCUCUGUGACUUCGGAUUUGCCCGGGCCAUGAGCACCAACACGAUGGUGCUGACCUCCAUUAAAGGCACGCCACUCUACAUGUCUCCAGAGCUGGUGGAAGAACGACCAUACGACCAUACUGCAGACCUCUGGUCUGUGGGCUGCAUACUGUAUGAGUUGGCAGUAGGCACCCCUCCCUUCUAUACCACAAGCAUCUUUCAGCUGGUCAGCCUCAUUCUCAAGGACCCUGUGCGCUGGCCCCCCACCAUUAGUCCUUGCUUCAAGAAUUUCCUGCAGGGACUGCUCACCAAGGACCCGCGGCAGCGUCUGUCCUGGCCAGACCUCUUACAUCACCCCUUCAUUGCUGGCCGCGUCACCAUAUUAACUGAGCCAGCAGGUCCAGACCUGGGUACCCCAUUCACCAGCCGCCUGCCCCCAGAACUUCAGGUCCUAAAGGACCAACAGGCGCAUCGGCUGGCCCCCAAGGGCAAACGAUCUCGUAUCUUGAGGCAAGCCUGUAAGCGCAUGGCCGAGGAAGCCAAGCAGAAGAAACACCACAACACAGGACCUGCCCUUGAGCAAGAGGACAGGACCAGCAAGGUGGCUUCUGGCACAGCCCCUCGGCCCAGACUAAAGGCCACGCCUCAGGAACCAGGCCUCUUGACUGGGAUCUUAGCCUCAGAAGUGAAGAGCAGCUGGGCUGAGUGGGGGGCUGGAGAGGCACCCCCUGCACCUCGGGAAAGCUGGAUCGCCCAGGAUUGUGAGCGAGCGUUCCCCGAGCUGAAGCCAGAGGUAGAGGGCCAGCGGAGCCUUGAUGCAGUGGACCUGGAAAACGAGGAGCCAGACAGCGAUAAUGAGUGGCAACAUCUGCUAGAGACCACCGAGCCCGUGCCCGUCCAGCUGAAGGCCCCUCUCACGCUACUGUGCAAUCCCGACUUCUGCCAGCGCAUCCAGAGUCAGCUGCAUGAGGCCGGAGGGCAGAUCCUGAAAGGUGUGCUGGAGGGCGCUUCCCGUAUCCUUCCUGCGCUCCGGGUCCUGAGCAGCCUCCUGUCCAGCUGCAGUGACUCUCUUCCCUUGUAUUCCUUCUGCCGGGAGGCAGGGCUCCCUGGGCUGCUGCUCAGCCUCCUCAGACGCAGCCAGGAGAGCACUAGCAUCCAGCAGCAGUGUUGGUACGGGACCUUCUUACGGGACCUGAUGGCUGUGAUCCAGGCCUACUUCGCCUGCACCUUCAAUCUGGAGAGGAGCCAGACAGGUGACAGCUUACAGGUAUUUCAGGAGGCUGCCAACAUCUUUCUGGAUCUGUUAGGGAAAAUACUAGCCCAACCAGAUGACUCGGAACAGACUUUGCGAAGGGACAGCCUUAUGUGCUUUACUGUGCUGUGUGAAGCCAUGGAUGGGAACAGCCGGACCAUCUCCAAAGCCUUCUACUCCAGCCUGCUGACGACGCAGCGGGCUGUGUUGGACGGGCUCCUCCAUGGCUUGACAGUCCCACAGCUCCCUUUCCACACCCCCCCAGGAGCCCCCCAGGUGAGCCAGCCCCUGCGGGAGCAGAGCGAGGAUCUGCCUGGAGCCAUUUCCUUGGCGCUGGCAGCCAUAUGCACUCCUCCGGUGGGGCUGCCUGACUGCUGGGAAGCCAAGGAGCAGGUCUCUCGGCAUCUGGCAAAUCAGCUCACCGAAGAUAGCAACCCACUGAGGUCCUCCCUCAUCUCUGGUCUAGAGCAUCCCAUCCUGUGCCUUCACCUUCUCAAGGUUCUCUAUUCCUGCUGCCACGUCAGUGAACGCCUGUGUCUUCUUGGGCAAGAGCCCCUGGCCUUGGGGUCACUGUUGAAGCUGGUCCAGAGCAAGGUUAAGGUGGUGGAUUGGGAAGAGUCUACUGAAGUGACACUCUACCUCCUCUCCCUUCUUGUCCUUCGCCUCCAAGAUCUGCCUUCUGGAAUGGAGAAGCUAGGCACAGAGGUCGCUCCUGUCUUUACCCAUUCGCACGUCGUCUCUCUCGUGAGCGCGGCAGCCUGUCUGUUGGGACAGCUCGGUCAGCAAGGGGUGACUUUGGACCUCCAGCCUACGGAGUGGAUGGCUGCAGCCACACACGCCCUGUCCGCCCCUGCGGAGGUCCGGCUGACUCCCCCCGGUGGCUGUGGAUUCUACGACGGCCUCCUCAUCCUUCUGCUGCAGCUGCUCACCCAGCCAGGGAAGGGUGAUCUGAUAAGGGACGUGGCUGGCUCAGAAAUGUGGACUGUCCUUUGGCACCGCUUCGCCAUGGCUCUGAGGCUCCCCGGAGAGGCAUCUGCACCGGAAGAGGAGCCGUCACUGUCCAGUCCACAAAGCCCAGAGCCAGACUGGACCCUGAUCUCACCCCAAGGCAUGGCAGCCCUGCUGAGCCUGGCCGUGGCCACCUUUGCCCAGGAGCCCCAGUUAUGCCUGAGCCACCUGUCUGAGCGUGGAAGUAUCCUCAUGUCCACCCUGAAGCAUCUGCUUUCGCCCAGCUUCCUGCAUCAGCUGGGCCAGGCGCCUCAGGGGUGUGAGUUUCUCCCCGUCGUGGUGCUCUCUGUCUGCCAGCUCUUCUGCUUCCCCUUUGCCCUGGACGUGGAUGCUGACCUCCUCGACGGUGUCCUGGCUGACCUCACAGCCUCAGAAGUCACAGCCCACCUGCUGCAGGUCUGCUGCCACCGUCUUCCACUGACACAAGUCGAGCUGCCCAUCAGUCUCCUCACGCGUCUGGCCCUCACGGAUCCCACCUCUCUCAACCAGUUUGUGAACACAGUGGCUGCCUUCCCUAGAACCACCAUCCCCUUCCUCUCGGUGGCCCUCCUAGGGGACCAGCCGCUCCUGACCUCUGACCUUCUCUCCCUUUUGGCCCACACCAUCCGGGUCCUGUCCCCCAGCCACUUGUCCUUUAUCCAAGAACUGCUGGCUGGCUCCGAUGAAUCUUAUCGGCCCCUGCGCAGCCUCCUGGGCCACCCAGAGAAUUCUGUGCGGGCCCGUACUUAUGGGCUCCUGGGACACCUGCUCCAGCACAGCAUGGCCCUGCGUGGGGCCCUGCAGAGCCAGGCUGGACUACUCAACCUCCUGCUGCUGGGGCUCGGAGACAAGGACCCUGCUGUGCGGCGCAGUGCCAGCUUUGCUGUGGGCAACGCAGCCUACCAAGCUGGUCCCCUGGGCCCUGCCCUGGCAGCCGCGGUACCUGGUAUGACCCAGCUGCUUGGAGAUCCUCAGGCUGGUAUCCGGCGCAAUGCCGUGUCAGCUCUGGGCAACUUAGGGCCCGAAGGGUUGGGGGAGGAGCUGUUACAUUGCCAAGUACCCCAGCGGCUCCUAGAGAUGGCGUGUGGAGACCCUCAGCCAAAUGUGAAGGAAGCUGCCCUCGUUGCCCUCCGGAGCCUCCGACAGGAGCCCUGCAUCCAUCAGGUGCUGGUGUCCCUGGGAGCCAGUGAGAAAUUAGCCUUGCUCUCUCUGGGGAAUCAGUUACUGCCACAUAGCAGUCCCAGGCCUGCCUCUGCCAAACACUGCAGGAAACUAAUUCACCUCCUGAGGCCAUCCCACAGCACGUGAUCUCAGAUUCCUGGGGUCCACCCUCCAGCCUUCAUUGCCCUGCGGUUGCCAACUCUUCCUUUUUUUUUACUCUACAAGCCACCAACUCAACUGAGAGCUAAAGCGACUGAGAGCGAUAAGCUGCCAAUCAACUCAUUUGAGGAUGAGAACCUAGAAGAGAUUUAUGUCUAAAGCUCCUUCUUUUCCCAGAUUCAGGAUGUUUUCAACCAGUAAACUUCAUUGUUAUUGGUGCCA